AUGGCGUAUCGAAUGAGAACCCUGGAUAAUAAUAGACUGUCAAAGAUAGAAGAGGAUAUUGAGAGGCUGAGUUUAUGCUCUUACAAAGAUGAACAACCACAUCAACAACAACAACAAAAUCUACAACAACAACAACAACAUCAUCAACAACAACAACAUCAUCAACAACAAUAUCAACAACAACAACAACAUCAACAACAACAAUAUCAACAACAACAUCAACAACAACAUCAACAACAGCAGCAACAACAUCAACAACAACAUUAUUUGCAACACCCUCAUCACAAUCAACAGCAAACCGUUCAUUAUGACGAAUCCAAAGACCAAAACCCACUUCAGCAACAAAUCAAACGAGAGUAUUAUCUGCAACAACUGAAACAACAACAGCAACAGUUGCAGCAGCAGCAGCAGCAACUUCAGCAGCAAUUUCAACAACAGCACAGAUACAACUGCCAGACGGACAUCGACAACAACACAACAACGAAGUCGUCAUCAGCAUCAACAACUCUAUCACGUGAUGAUAUAUUUCCAUCGCCAUCAUCAUCAUCAUUACCGGCAUCUCCACCAAUUUUACCAGACGCGGCAACAACAACAACGACACCAAAAAAUUUCAACAAAGCCAGGGAGGAAUUUUUUCGCAACAACUACGACAACUUGAAGCAACAAAGUUUGUUGAAUCAACAACAACAUCAACAUCCAUUACAUCAACAACAACUGUUGCAACAACAGCUUUUGCAACAACUACAGCAGAAGCAGCAGCAAAGCUCUACAAGCCCUCAUUACCAGCAGUUAACAGAUUUUUAUUCCACUUCAAAGCCGCAACAGUUGCAGACACUUUCACAUCAACAAAAUUACAACAGCAACAACAAUAACGAUGACGCAUUACAACAACAACAACAGCAACAACAAUAUAUGUUAGAAAAACAAAAAGACUUAAUCGCAACGAAUAACGAAUUUGAAGCUGCAAAGUAUUUCAAAGAAAAAUACGACACACUGGGUAAAAUAAAAAACAACAACAUACAAAACAUCAACAACAACAUUCAGAACGUCAACAACAACAGCAACAACAACAGCAGUAGCAAUACGAUUGAAAAAUUCAUCUACCCGAUCGACGACAGCCAGCAACACGUCAUGUUGCAGUCUCAGCAACUCUACGCGCAGCAGCAACAACAGCAGCAGAUCCAACAGCAGAUCCUACACCUCCAGCAUCAACAUCAUCAACAAAAUGAAUCCACGCUGCGACGAAAACAGCAGCAGCAGCAACUUCUGGAGGAGCAGUUGAAGAUACAGCAACAACUGCUGAAAGAGGAGCAGCAGUUUCUGCAACAGCAACUGCAACAGACGAAGGAGUUGGAACGCAUCAAACAGCAGACGGAGCAAGAUCGCCACGAGCAACUGAAACAACAACAAAUAUUACAACAACAACAAAAACAGCAACAGCAUAAGCAACAACUUUUGCAACAGCAACAACAACAACAAAUGCAACAGCAACAACAACUCCUCCAACGACAACAGCAACGACAGUUGGAACUGGAAAGAAUUCAACAACAACAUCUAAUCGAACAACAAAAAUUUGAUCAGCUGCUAGAACAGCAACGCCAAGCUGAGCAGCAGCAAGUUUUACAACAGCAACAAGAAUUGAUAUUGCAGCAGCAGCAGCAGCAAGAACUUUUACAGCAGCAGCAGCUAGCGUUACAGCAGCAGCAAAUAGCGCUACAACACCAAGUUGAAUCUCCACAACAACUGCUACUAGAACAGCGGAACGUUCUCGACGAUAAGGAUCUCAUGCAAGUUGACAUUUUUUAUCGUAGUCAACGAUCAGAAAUAUUUGUUUGCAGAUGUUGCGCCAAUUUAACCCUUGGACCCAACUGGUCUUUCAAGCAGACGGGAAGUCUGAGCAACUCUCCAGCUUCCGGUGUCCGCCAUCUCUGCAGGCACUUUCGGGAUUGGGCAGCCAUAAAAUCCGGUGUUCCGAUUCUCGUGUUCGACACAAUCGAUUGCGAACUCACUUUAAUACUGGCCGAGAAAGGAUCGGGAUUUGCACUCUGGAAAAACCGGAUCGGACCCCUGACCGGCUACUCCGUCAUCGCAUCUGACUUUCACGCCCUCAGAACUGAACCAUCCUUGAAAAACACCGCCUCCUCACCGUCGAAAUUUUCAUCACCGAUCGUCGGUUUGAACUUCGCGGAUCUGAUAGCGGCGGAGGAGUUCUACAAACAAGUCGUUAAACUAACAGCACUGGCGGCCUCUUCUGUAGCUGCCAACGACAAUUACGACGCGAAGAGUGGUAGUAAUCGGUCGCGGCACUAUAGUGGCGGUGGAUCGCUCGAUCAAAGUCGGUUCUCGACGAAUAAGAUAACAUCUCUCUCGACUUCCUCCUUGUUUAAAAGUAGUUUCAAUGGCGGGGAUGAGGAGGUGGUGGCUGGCUCGAAAUCAUCCAUUCUAGCUAGGAAAGGUUAG